AGAGCUGGUUACUGGGGGAAUGAGGGAGGAAAGGAAGGGGCAGAACGCGGAAGUGGUGGCGGCGCCUGAGGAGCAGGCGGAGGCGGUGACUGCGAAGCCUGAGACUGGAGCGCGUCGAGGGGAGGGGAAGGCGAGGGUUGGCAGGAGGGCAUCCGCCUUCUAGGACCUACACGCGGUGCGGGAGUGGCUCGGCUUCCUUUCUCCACUUCCACGAGCGCCCCGCGUGUUGGCGACGGUGAUGGCGGCAGCUUCUCCGACCGCCUGGGUGAAGCUGCGCUCCAGGAGGAUUCUGUUGAAAUUCUUUGGAUGGAUGGAUGGAUGAGUGCAGGCAAUUCAGUCAUGCUAAUUAACAUACCCAUCAUAUAACUAUUUGGGUACAUCCAGAAAGUGCCCAAAAGAAGUUUCCAGUCAGAAAAACUGAAAAAGCGGUAUUUAUAACACUGUUGGGCUUUGCGGACAAUUUGUUAAAAUGGCAGAAAGUAGUGAAAAUAGUAAUAAAAAUGUAGACGUGAGACCCAAAACCAGCCGGAGCCGGAGCGCGGACCGGAAGGAUGGCUACGUGUGGAGCGGCAAGAAGCUGUCGUGGUCCAGAAAGGGCGAGAGCUGCUCGGACACCGAGGCGCCGGAGGGGUCCGGGAUGGGGGCGGAGAGCGAGCGGCCGCUGCGGGGCCAGGAGCGGAAGCACAGCUGCUCGUCCCUGGAGCUGGACCUGGACCACUCCUGCGGGCACCGCUUUCUGGGCCGAUCUCUGAAGCAGAAGCUACAGGAUGCCGUGGGCCAGUGUUUUCCGAUCAAAAACUGCAGCAGCCGCCACUCUCCCGGGCUUCCAGCCAGAAGAAAGAUCCAUAUCAGCGAGCUCAUGCUGGACAAAUGUCCUUUCCCGCCGCGCUCAGACCUGGCCUUCAGGUGGCACUUCAUUAAGCAGCACACCGCACCCCUUAGCCCCAGCUCCGACGACUGGGGCAGCGCUGACCUCCCCCAGCGCGACCCGCGGGAUGCGCAGCUCCAGCCCAGGAGGGCCGAGGCUAUGUGUGGCAGACCGCAGCCGGGCGCCCCGACUCCCGGCGCCACAUCCGCCUCUGCAGCCAACCUGGCGUCUGGCAGCAGUGUAGAGGACAGCGACAUGGACUCAGACGAGGACAUGGUCACACUCUGCACAAGCUCCAGGAAGAGAAACAAGCCCAAGUGGGAGCUGGAUGAGGAGCUGCUGCGGCUAGAGACGCCACCCAAGUACCACACGCAGGUGGACUACGUGCACUGCCUGGUGCCCGACCUGCUGCGCAUCAACAACAACCCCUGCUACUGGGGCGUGAUGGACAAGUACGCGGCCGAGGCGCUGCUCGACGGCAAGCCGGAGGGCACCUUCCUGCUGCGGGACUCGGCGCAGGAGGACUACCUGUUUUCUGUCAGCUUCCGGCGCUACAGCCGCUCCCUGCACGCCAGGAUCGAGCAGUGGAACCACAACUUCAGCUUCGACGCGCACGACCCCUGCGUCUUCCACUCCCCCGACAUCACCGGGCUGCUGGAGCACUACAAGGACCCCAGCGCCUGCAUGUUCUUCGAGCCCCUGCUGUCCACGCCCCUCAUUCGGACCUUCCCCUUCUCCCUGCAGCACAUCUGCCGGACGGUCAUCUGCAACUGCACAACCUACGACGGCAUCGACGCCCUUCCCAUCCCAUCCCCCAUGAAGCUGUAUCUGAAGGAGUAUCACUACAAGUCCAAGGUCAGGGUCCUCCGCGUGGACGCCCCGGAACAGUGCUAGAGGCCACUUCGCACGGUGUCUCGUUCUUUUAUGCCUCUGACUUUUUCUACGAAGGCAGUCUUGGUAUAAAAGAAACCUCUGCCCUAAACUUGACUUCCACAUUAGUUUAUUUUUCGUAUACUUUAAUUAUUUAAGGUUAUACCCAGGAGGUUAAUAGAUGUUUUUAACCAGAUGUUUGAGUUUUGCUUUUGCUAUGUAGGUUGUAUACUUAAACUUUUUUCUUUACCUAAUUUAUAUAUGAUCUGGGCAUAUUUGAAUUUAGUAGGCAUUGGAAACACAUUUGAAUAUCAUAUAUUAACUGUUUUAAAAUAAUCUUGUAUUUUUUGCUACAUGUAAAAUAACCCAUUAAUCUAUACUAUCAGUAUUCCUGAACAUAAAAUACUUUCCCAGCUCCUUUUCAUUGAGUUUUGAAAUUUUUCAAUAGUGUUACAACUCAUUCAUAGUAAUGCAGUUCUUUUUUUUUUUUUUUUUUUUUAAUUUGCUAACAGGGAUGUUAAAAGUAACAAUUACUUCAAGUCAAAUUUUGUGUGGGUUUAUUUUUUAGACAGGGUCUUGCCAUGUAGCUCAGGCUGGCCUUGAACUCAUGGCUAUCUUCCUGCCUCAGCCUUCUGAGUGCUGGAAUUACAGACAUCAACACCCCUAGCUUGUUUUAAAUACUAAUUAUAAAAGAGAAUCACUGUAUUGUUGAUUCAUCUGGCCAGUGAGAGUCAAUGAUUACCUGACCACCUGGAAGAGCAUCAGCCGCAGUGUGGCGGGGUAGCUCCUUACACUGCUGAGAAGCCCCUUCUCCUCCCUAAGCCAUCUUCAGAACAUUCAUUUUGUCCCUUUCUCAUUGGGCACUUUAAAAAUAAUGGUAACACUAUUAGCAGCUAGCAGUUGCUACAGUAACUGGGGUUUUUCUGUAUUAUUAUGAGUAGUUGCUCUUGCAUUAGGCCUCUUAGAUGAGCUCUGGGCCUGGGCAAAUUGCAGUUGAUAAAUAGCCACAGAUUUCCUCUGGUAACCCAAGAGUACCUAAAUACUGCUUCGUUAUUUUAAGUUAAACUUGAAUAAAGAGGCAAGAAAUAAGCAUGGAGCUUACUAUUGAGAAAGCUUAAUAUUUUUUUGAUCUUCAAGUUUCAAAUAUUUUUUCCUGUUUUCAGAAUUAACUGAGAUCUUUAAAGAGGCUUCAAUAAAGAGCUUUUUUUUUUUUUUUUUUUUUGUAUUUUAGUACA